AUGGAGAGCUGCGUCUUUCCUGUGGUACUGCUGGUCGCUCUGACCUUUGUCUGUGCCUACAACAACAAAUAUGACAACUUCGACGUGGAGCAGGUGCUGAUUAACGAUCGCCUGCUCAGAAGAUACCACGAGUGCCUCGUCUCGAAUUCCGAUGUCUCCUGCACUGCCGAGGGCAAACAACUGAAACGUACUUUACCAGAAGCCCUGAAGACAGACUGCCGCCAGUGUAGUGAGACGCAGAAAGCUCAGGCUGAGAAGGUGAUCAAGUUUCUCAUCCACAAGAAGCCAGACCUGUGGAAGUCGCUGGAGAGCAAGUACGAUCCAGCUGGCACUUACAGGCGAAGGCACGACGCGGAACUGAAGAGGCUCUCUGAUUGA